CACAGGAGCUAACCCCUUCCGGCAUGAUGGAUUCCUGGGAUCCCAGAAGAGCUGGGCAGGAAGGAGCCUCGAAAAAGGAACUACCAACACGUGCCCCGUGUCAGGCCCUGAGCUGGGCACUUUCGUGAACAUCGUCCUAACACACCUAACUCUUCUUGGUGGUAGGUAUCAUUAUCCCCAUUUUUCAGAUGAGAAAACCGAGGUUUAGUGACUUCCCAAGGAGGGGCGGGGAUUUUGUAUGACUUCAGAGCCUCUUCCCUGGAGUCCUCACGACCGGGAGGAUAUCGAUACUGAUUCCUUGAGGUUCGGGGGAAUAAGCAUCGGGUGUGAGGCGCCCAGGCUUUCCGAGGGACAACAGCGUGAUGGUACUUUCGGCGAGAACCACGCCUCCCUUGUCGCGACAAUACUGUUUACUGUUGUUUUCCUUUAAGAGCCUUACCCUCAAGGACCCUUAAGAGUCCUUGCCACACGCGGGGGCGAACAUUAUAUAUUCCUUAGAUCUCCCGCACGUCUUUCUCCCUCACCCGCAUUGAGCCCCACUGGUGACAUAAAUUCUCCCCCUCCACUAGCGGGUAGAAGUCGUGGGACUACAAUUCCCGGCAGGUCGUUCGGAAAGAGGUGGUGGGGAGAGGAGGAAAGACACUUUCGCUUUCCGUAGGCUUGCAAUUUGGCGUGUUCGUCGUGAUGCACAUUUCAACAGCCCAUGUCCUUUCUCUGGAGAACUUAGGGACUACGUCCCCCAGCAGGCAUUGCCGCAGAGAGCAAGUGAUGGUCCGCCAUCAUCUUUGUAGUCCUUUCCCGCGUUCUUACAAGAGAACAACCCUAGUGCAUGGACUACAAAUCCCAAGCCGCCAUCUCCCCUUCCCUUCGGCCGCCAUCUUUGCUGGUUGUCCCCGCCCCUUUUCCCUUCCAUUGUCUCCACCGAAGAUAAUAGAGCGGACCUGGGAAGACUGCAACUUCCGUCAGGCUCUGCGCCACCGGGAGGGGGAUCUCGAUGUUACAGGCGGGCGAGGUGCCCAAGGUGGUAGAAUGAGGCGACGCGGAGAGGCCAGGUAGCCUGCCAUCUUUAUGGUAGUCUCCUUAUUCUCGUGGUUCCGCCAUUCUUAAGGCACAUUAGAAGGCCAGAAGACUACUAUUCCCAUCGCACCUCAUAAGACCGACUACUAGUCAGGUGUACGCCCCUCUUCCGCCAUCUUGCUUGUAGUCCUCGUUCCUUUUCACCUUUCCAUUGUUCCUGACGAGUAGAAAUGGCAGCGGGAAGGCAGCAGAUGGACUGCGACUCCCGUCAGCCCUCGGCGUUGCUGACGCCCCCAAUGUCGUCGAGCAGCCGGGGGCCGGGGGCCGGAGCGCGCCGACGCCGAACCCGCUGCCGCCGCUGCCGGGCCUGUGUGCGAACUGAGUGCGGGGACUGCCACUUCUGCCGAGACAUGAAGAAGUUCGGGGGGCCCGGGCGCAUGAAGCAGUCGUGCCUGCUCCGGCAGUGCACUGCCCCCGUGCUCCCACACACAGCUGUGUGCCUCUUGUGUGGGGAGGCUGGGAAGGAGGACACAGUAGAGGGAGAGGAAGAAAAAUUUGGUUUGAGCCUCAUGGAGUGUACAAUCUGCAAUGAGAUCGUCCACCCUGGCUGCCUGAAGAUGGGGAAGGCUGAGGGUGUCAUCAAUGCGGAGAUCCCUAACUGCUGGGAGUGCCCUCGAUGCACCCAGGAAGGCCGGACCAGCAAGCUUCCAUCUCCCCAGGAUUCAGGUGAGGGACCAGGCCGCCGCAGGGCUGACAACGGCGAGGAGGGCGCCAGCCUGGGGAGUGGAUGGAAGCUGACGGAGGAGCCGCCGCUUCCACCACCCCCACCCAGGCGCAAGGGCCCCUUACCUGCUGGGCCCCCCCCAGAGGACGUGCCUGGGCCCCCCAAAAGAAAGGAGAGGGAGGCAGGGAAUGAGCCCCCCACCCCAAGGAAAAAGGUGAAAGGAGGCCGAGAGAGGCACCUGAAGAAGGUGGGUGGAGACGCCUGCCUCCUCCGAGGAUCGGACCCAGGCGGCCCUGGCCUUCUGCCCCCCAGGGUUCUGAAUCCAAGCCAGGCUUUCUCGUCCUGCCACCCUGGGCUCCCUCCCGAGAACUGGGAGAAACCAAAGCCGCCUUUGGCCUCUGCCGAGGGCCCGGCCGUGCCGUCCCCGUCGCCACAGAGGGAGAAGCUCGAGCGUUUCAAGCGUAUGUGCCAGCUGCUGGAGCGGGUGCCCGACACCUCCUCGUCCUCCUCGGACUCGGAUUCCGACUCGGACUCUUCGGGCACAUCGCUGAGUGAGGAUGAGGCCCCUGGCGAGGCCCGGAAUGGGCGACGGCCAGCCCGGGGCAGCUCGGGCGAGAAGGAGAACCGCGGGGGGCGGCGGGCUGUGCGCCCUGGCAGUGGGGGGCCCCUCCUCAGCUGGCCCCUGGGCCCCGCCCCGCCGCCCCGGCCCCCACAGCUGGAGAGGCACGUGGUACGGCCCCCACCUCGAAGCCCUGAGCCCGACACACUGCCUUUGGCUGCUGGAUCCGACCACCCCCUGCCCCGCGCCGCCUGGCUUCGUGUCUUCCAGCACCUCGGGCCCCGAGAGCUGUGCGUUUGCAUGCGAGUCUGCCGGACUUGGAGCCGCUGGUGCUAUGACAAGCGUCUGUGGCCUCGAAUGGAUCUGAGCCGGCGAAAGUCACUGACCCCACCCAUGCUCAGUGGUGUGGUUCGUCGCCAGCCCCGAGCCCUGGACCUCAGCUGGACAGGUGUCUCCAAGAAGCAGCUCAUGUGGCUUCUGAAUCGUCUGCAAGGCCUGCAGGAGCUGGUGCUCUCCGGCUGCUCCUGGCUCUCUGUCUCUGCCCUGGGCUCAGCCCCACUGCCGGCGCUGCGGCUCCUGGAUCUUCGCUGGAUUGAGGAUGUUAAAGACUCCCAGCUCCGCGAGCUGCUCUUGCCUCCACCAGACACCAAACCAGGGCAAACGGAGAGCCGUGGACGGCUGCAGGGGGUAGCAGAGCUGCGCCUGGCAGGCCUGGAGCUGACAGAUGCCUCCCUGCGGCUCCUGCUGCGCCAUGCGCCCCAGCUGAGUGCCCUGGACCUGAGCCACUGCGCCCACGUCGGGGACCCCAGCGUCCACCUCCUCACAGCUCCCACUUCCCCGCUCCGCGAGACCUUGGUGCACCUCAAUCUUGCCGGUUGCCACCGCCUCACGGACCACUGCCUCCCGCUGUUCCGCCGCUGCCCGCGCCUACGCCGCCUAGACCUGCGCUCCUGCCGCCAGCUCUCCCCUGAAGCUUGUGCCCGGCUGGCAGCCGCUGGGCCCCCUGGCCCCUUCCGCUGCCCAGAGGAGAAGCUGCUUCUCAAGGACAGCUAGUUGGGUGCCCCCCACCCUCCCCCAGGACUCAUCAGGAGCCUGGACCUCGGGCCUUCAUUUUAUCCCUGCCAGGAGGCCAGGUUACCCACCUCAUGACUUGGGAUUCCUGCCCAGGGACUCGAGCCAGCCUCCCUCCCCCUCUCUACCCCCUGCACUGAUAUCUCUGGGGGUCUCUCCUUCCCAUCCCCUCUCCCUUCCACCUGCUUCAUUGUCCAUCCCCUGGGGGGAGUGGGUCAGAGGUACGGGGGUGGGUGCUGAGCCAAAGGGAUGGUGGGAGGGGGGGUAAGGUGCAAGUUUGAGGGAGGGAAAUGGGGAAAGGGUAUCUGCACACAGGAUACUGGGAGCCAGGGGGCUGGGGGAGGUGGAGGAUGGGCUGGGGGAGGGGGGCAGAAAGCAGAUCACCAAGGGUUCAGGGAACAAAGACCAGAUACUUGGAGUUGGGGGGUGGGGGUGGGGCCAAAAAGGGAAACCAGAGGAGCAGUUGGGGAUCCACGUGUCAGAGAUUGGGGGGACUCGGGGAACCAGGGGAAAGGCAGGGCUGAGUGAGGGGUGGGGGCAAAGAGCAGGCGUGGGGGCAGUAGUACCCCCUCAGGGGGUCACACCCCUCUCCUUACUCCCUCCCCAGAUUUCAGUUCUUCCCCCCCCCCAACCCUGACUCCUUGAACGUCACUGACAAUGGCAGCUAUUGCGAGGAGUGGGGGCCGCGGGCCUACCCGCUGUUCAGCGUGGCCCAGGGGAGUGGUGAGGGGUACCCCAGCCCCCUGCCCGCCUCCCCGCACAAUACUUGAACAUUCAUCUGUACUGAAGUGUUACUUGAACCGGGGGAACCUCGGACCUGGGGGAGCCGGAGUGAGGGGACUGAUCGGCUUGGACUGAGACUGGACUGGUGGGCACCCAGCUUGGACUGCACCACCCCCCAGGCUCUCUCUUGCUUUACUGUAUUGAGCAGCUCCACCCCUCCUGACCUGAGGUGGGGGUGGGGGUGGGGUGCCAGCCCAAUGAUGGGGGAAGAUGGGACUCCUCCAGCGCGGCUCUUCCCACUCUUUCAUCGUCAUGGAAACUUGUAUCCCAUUUGCCCAGGGAACUGCCACUCCUGGUUGCCAUGGAAAUAGCAGCCAAUGGACACCUCCCGAAGCCAGUGCUAAGGCUGGAAACGGCCCCUCUUAGUUGCCAUGGGAACUUAGUAACAGACUCUUGGCCCGCCCCCACCCCUCCUGGGGUGGGGGCGGGGCUUGGGGAGCCAGGGGGAGGAGUUGGGGCCAGGUCCCGCCCCUCCGUCCAGGCCUCCCCGGGGAGCCGGGAUGUACCAUGUAGGGGAGGGGGGAAUCUAUCCACAUACCUCAGGUAACAGGGAGGUGCGAGGGUGGGGGGAGGGACUGGGCGGACCAAAGGCCGGAGGGGAGGGGGUUCUGGGUAUCGCGAAAGGCUUGAGGAUGGGGCCGCUUGGGGGAGGAGGAGGAGGCAGCCCGGCGGGGGCAAGUGGGGGGGGGGUCCCAGCCGGGCUGGGCCCCUGGGCCCCAGGUCUGUACAAUACGGUUUGCUAUAAAACUCAAAAUCUUCCAGCCAGG